UGCGGCAGACCUGCUCCGAGCCAGGAGAAGCCACCAGGAAAUUCCCUGGACAUUGUAAUGUGUGACAGCAGCUUCUAAUUAAUCAUCAACCCUGUGAUACGAUCUCCACCCAUAAAAGAGAGACCCGCUGAGGCUUCGGGGAGCUGAGCCCUGGCCUUCCCCCAGCAGUUCCUGCCAGACGGGGAGCUGUGCCCGAAGACCCCAGGCUGAUGGGUGCCCACCUCUGCUCGGAGGCCGAUGCGCAGGUCCGGGGCGAGGCGCUGCGCUUCCACGCGGCGGCCCGGCGCCCGGCCUGCCGCCCUUCGUGUGCCCCGACCUGGAGGCGCAGAGCCCGACGUGGGCGGCCGUGCUCCCGGAGAGCUGCGUGCGCGCUGGCAACGUGGUCUGCUUCUGGGUGAACCACCGCGGCUGGCUCUUCGCCAAGGUCAAUGCAGGGCGCCCGCUGCUGCUGCGCAGGGACGUGCUGCUGGGCUCCCCGCUCUGGGCCGUAAUGGACGUGUACGGGACCACCAAGGCCAUCGAGCUGCUGGACUCCGGAGCCAGCCCGUGCACCUCGGCCACCCUGGGCAUCCCCAGCGAGGAAGCACAGCCGGACCCCAAAGCCCCGCCGGGGGAGGAGUGCAUCAUCUGCUUCCACCACGCUGCCGACACCCGCUUUGUCCCCUGCGGCCACCCACACUUCUGCAGCGCCUGCGCCUGGCGCGUCUUCGAGGACACUGCGAAGUGCCCCAUGUGCCGCUGGCAGAUCGAGGGGGUGGCAGCAGUGCAGCCACCGAGGACUGGAGGAGGCUCCUGAGAGGAGCAGGCUUCCUGCUGGGCGGCAGGUGGGCCUGGCUUGGGCCUGGCCCUGAGGACAGAGGACAGAGGACAGAGGUGUGGCCCUGCUGGC